AAACGGACAAGGGUUAAGGGUACUGAGUGAAAAAAAAACUCACAAAACAAAUAAAUAUUGUGCUAAUUUAGAUUAUACAAAUUGAAAUUAUAUUUAAUUAUUUACAUAAUAUUCACGAUUUUAACUCCUAAGUUCUUCAGUCUUCAGUCUUCACUCCUCAGCAACUCAUUAGAGUCAAAGUGUUCUGUGCUACUCAGUAAUGAGUUGAAAAAGUGUUCUUAAGACUGUUAGACGGCGUUUUGGAAUUUUAAAUUCUAAUAUGUUUUGUUGAAUGAUCCUAUCUUUGGUGCAGUACCAUCAAUAUUUUCUUGGAAAAUGGCUGAUAUUGUGGAUAGUAGUAGUCCUCAUGAUAUUUUUGAACGUGACAAAAAUGAAGAUAAGAAUACAUCCUCUAGCAGCAAAGAUUCAGAACCAGAAAACAUAGAUAAGAUUCAAAAGUUUAUAGAUGAGCAGCAUCAUAAUUUAAAACCAGAUAAAGACAAUGUAGAAGCUGAGCUCAGUGUUUUGAGCCUUACAAAUGAACAAACUGAAAAUAUGAAUGGUGUUGUUAGUAUGAUGCUGACAGAACCAGAGACAGGUCCUACUGAUGCUGAUAUAAAAGAUAACAUACCUGGGAAAGAGAUUGAAAAAUGUACUAUUGCUCUUACUGUUGGGUCUAAGGUUGAAGCCAGGGAUUUUGCAGACAUUUGGUACCCUGGAGAGAUUGCUGAAGUAGAUUAUGAUGAAAUGGAAGUGCUGGUCCACUAUGAAAAUACUUUUAACAAGCAUGAUGAGUGGAUAAAUGUAAGCAGUUCAAGACUCAGGCCAUAUAUUCCUAAACCUGAAAAUUGUUCGAACUUACCAGAAAUGGCUUCUACUAAAGGUUCACAUGAUGAGAAUACUAUUCAAAAAGAUGAAAGUAAUGUAGAAGAAAAUAAUAAGGUGACCUUUAUGCCUGGUGAGCGUUGCCUUGCUAGAUGGCGUGAUAAUAGACGAUUUAUGGCCACAAUAAAUAAGGAGUUGGAAAAUGGUGAAUUUGAAAUAGUGUUUGAUGAUGGUUUUCAUUGGAAGUGUGCAUCAUCAAGGUUGUAUAAGCUGAAAGAUCCCUCCCUCUCAGUUGAUACAUCUACAUCCACAAGUGUGUCUGCUUUGUCACCAAUACCAGCUGGCACAGGUCCCAUGGGAACACAGGGGUUAAAUGUACCCUAUCACACACAUCUGUUUGAUCCAACACGUGAUUAUUUAAGCUCGAAAAGCGAACGUCGCGAAAUGAAAAGGAAAUUGAAUAUCAAAGAAAUUUUUAAUAUAGGCCAAAAGAAAAGGAAAAUUGUAUCAAAUUUCGAAAAAGAAAAAGGGAAUGCUGAAACGAAGCCUAAAGUAAUUAAAAAACAAACUAAGAAGAAGAUUGAGUCAGAAAUGGAGAUCAAUAAGAAAACAGUUGCUAAGAUACAUGACAACCAACAAACAACAACAAACAGUACAGAUAUUAAUAAUACAUCAGAAACAGCAAUGAUUGAGGACUGUGACAAAAUCAAUCUACGUGAUUUGGACAUCGCAAGUGGUGAUGAUGACAAAAUGCAUACAUCAUAUCUUUCAGAUUCUUCAGAUUUGAACAGUUCAACAGACCCCGUUACAAAAGAGGAAGAAUGCUUGAAAAGGUUUGAGAAGCCUGAUGAGAUUAAACAUGAAGAAGAAAUUGUUAAAAUAAGAGAAGCAAUCAUGAGACUGGAGAGUAGUUUGAAUACAACAGAUUCAGACAAUAUUAAAAUAAAACAGGAAUUUGUAAAAGUAGAAUCUUUUGAUGUAGAUACUUUGACUGACAAUAUUAAGGUAGAAAGUCUAGAACAAUCAGAAGUAGACCUGGAAAAAGUAGAAAUAACACUUGAGAAAGUAGAAACACCAUUUGACCAUGUAGCAAUAAAUGUAGAAACAUACAAGAAACAGGCAAACGAAAUAAGUCCUGAACAACUAAUUGAGAUGCAAUCAAGUAACAUAGAGGUAGUGAAAGUGGAUUUAGGGAAACCGAAGCUAAAGAAGGAAUCGUUGAAGUUGAAGAAGAGUAAGAAUAUGAGGUUGAUGCGAGAGAAAAAUGUUAAGCGAGAAUUCGAGAGGGUUCAGAGCGAAUUGAUGGAGGUGAAGCGACAGAUGGAAGAGAUGCGACAGCAGAUGUUAUUGAAAACUGAAUCAAUUGCGCAAAGUGGUGGCACCAAGGAAAUGGCAGAGAGUUUCCUGUUGCCUGGAGAGUGGUGCUGUAAGUGGGUAGAUGGAGAACCAGUUGGUAAGGUGCGGGAUUCUGCAGACAACAAACACGACGAUAAAGUGCCUACGUUACCGCGCCGUAGUGUUGAGGUUGAGGACAAAAGGUUACCAGUUGGAUGGAAGAAACUUUUGGUUCGCAGAAGUUUGGGUCAGUCAGCUGGAAAAUGGGAUGUGGUUUUAGUCGCACCAGAUAAUAAAAAGAUUCAUACGAAGCAUGAGAUGCGUUUGUAUCUAGAGUCAAACAUGGAUGACGCACUGAAACCUUACGAACCCGCGUUAUUAGACUUCAGUGUUCACCAAAAACUAUCGCGGCGCCUGGGCUGGGUUACAUACUCCCAGGGGAAUGAGAAGCCUUCUAUGCCAUACAGGAAGAGGAAACUAUCGCUUGUACGUGAUGGUAGAUCUAAACAGAAACUCAAUAUUAGGAAACCGAAAGCUUUUUGUACACAACCUGGAGAUGAACCAAGUAACACUAACAUGUAUGGUUCAGGUACGAUGGAUAAUACUGCUACUACUACACUUGAAGACGGAUAUGUAUAUGUCGGGUCCCUGAAAGUACAAGUCAAAGAUAAUUUAUUGUGUUGUCCCACUGAGGGUUGCUUUAAGAACUUCAGAAGUAGUGCACUACUGAAAAUGCAUAUAAAACAUUACCAUAGAGAGUUGAAGGUAAUGUUGGGUAAAGCUCCCAAAGUGGUGGACUUGGCCUACGCAAGAUCCAAAGCCACACUUAAAGAUAGGAAAAAGAAAAAGGGUGAACGAGUCAUUAAAGUGAAACUGCCGAAACAAAAAAGAAGCGAAGAGAAGUUCAAUUUUAAAGAUAUAAAUAAAGAGCUAAAACGAAAUAUAAUUCAACAAGAAAAUAAUAUACAUAAGAUUGGAGACUCCCCUAAACUCCGCCAAGCUUUGGUACCUAGACCGGUUAAAGGUCCCAAAGUAUUGUUGCCAGUGAGAAAAGUGAAAUCCAGGGUAGAGAAAAACAUGGAAAACGAACUAACUAAUGACGAAACUUCAGCAAAUGACAUGAGUGAAAUUGACUUUGAGACAGCAAUAUCGACACACACAGUUACAAAAACAUUACAAUCUUUUAAAAAUGAUAGGAACAGGUUAUUUAGUAAAGCAGCCGUGAGCGAGGAUGACGAAUGGGCUGCGGCCAACUCGGAUUUCGAGAGCAGAUCCAGUUACCUGGGCUCGGAAACACCAGAUUUUAGAACUAAUAAAAAGAUUGUUCCGCAUCAGUUUGGCUCUUCCGAAUCAAAUGAAGAGCAUAAGGACAGUGAAAUGUAUAUGUAUACUGAGACCGGAGAAAAGGUGAAGAUAGAGCGCAUGAAACGCGAAGAGAUCAUCAAUUGCCACUGCGGGUUCCGCGAGGAGGACGGCCUCAUGGUGCAGUGCGAGCUGUGUCUGUGCUGGCAACACGCGCUCUGUCACAACAUACAGAGGGAGGCCGAGGUACCGGAGAAGUACACGUGCAGCAUCUGCCUGAACCCGCGGCGCGGGCGGCGCUCCCAGCGGUUCGUGCACGACCAGGACCGGCUGUACGAGGGGCUGCUGCCCGGCGCCGCGCCCAGCGACUCGGCGCGCCGCUCGCACGAGCUGUCCGCCAACCUGCUGCGGCUGCAGGACGCGCUGCACGCCUGCCGGCUGAAGUACUACGUGGCCAGUAAGAAAAAUCACCCUAAGCUGUAUCUGUGGGCGAAAGACUGGGAUAGCACGGAGCUGAAUUUGACUAAGGACAGACUGAACUCGGAUUAUUCAGACUUGAACGUGAUUAUAAACAACAUCGGCAAGGAGAACAUGCCGCUGAAGACCGGCUUCGACCACGAGGACCUGCCCCUCACCACGGAGCUGGAGAGAAUGUCCAAUGGCCAAGGUGUGUGCGGGCCGCAGCCCGAGGCAGCCAUAGAGAACAGCGCGUGUCGCGAGCGACUGCUGCAGCACGUGCAGCGCUGUCAGGCCCUCGUCGACGCCAGGCUCGACUCCAUCGAGGCGCAGGUCGCGGAAUUAGAAUCUCAAGACCCGUCAUUUGAAGACGACGAAACCGCGGACUUUUAUCCCCGAACGAAGCAAACUAUACAGAUGCUGAUGAGAGAUCUCGAUACUAUGGAGGAGCUCGCCGUCAUAACGUAGAGCGGUGUGACGUCACUGACAUCUGUAGAGCGGACUUAGACCACCGUAACGACGACUUAGGAGAAACUCAGACUACAAUAAACCACUCCUCGGGAGGCUCCUUUGCAUAAGAUGCCGGCUAGAUUAUAGGUACAACAACGGCGCCUAUUUCUACCGUGAAGCAGUAAUGUGAAAGCAUUACUGUGUUUUUGUCUGAAAGGCGCCGUAGCUAGUGAAAUAACCUGGCAAACAACUUAUGUCUCAAGGUGACGAGCGCAAUUGCGAUGCCGCUCAGAAUUUUUGGGUUUAUCAAUAAUCCUGAGUGGCACUGCAUUGUAAUGGGCAGUAUCAAUUACAUGAGCUCAACGUCCCGCUCGUCUCGUCCCUUAUUUUCAUAAAAAAAAGCCGAACAAAAAGCAGAUCUACAAUUCCUUGCGUCAGUACAACAGCUGUAGUUCGACGAUUUAAAACUCCCGUAUUAAUACAACUGUCUGCUGUCACGCAUCUAAAAAUGCGUUCCGUUUCUCACACCAAAUAAGUUAAGUCCGCAUUACGCAUAAAUCAGUCAUGGAAUUCGACUUUUUUCAAUAAAACGAAUAAUAAAAUAAGUUUUGGAUACUGUUAUAAUUUAGAACUAUACUUUGUAUAAUAAAAGAUUGUUUAAUAAUAAUCGACAAUGUACUGUAAUUUAUAAAUAUCGCCCGCUAGACUACUAUUGGGCUGUCUUAUCUUUAGCUCAGCAUAAUCUCAGCUGUCAAAUGACUCUAUAUACCAAAUAAAAGAUUACGAUAAGCUAUACGUAGGUAAGUAGAGUCUGAGUACGAUCUAUAGAUCGCAAAUAAUAAAUUAUAAUCGACAAUAUUUCUUUUGAAAUAGAAAAUUGACUAAAAAUGAGCCUUAAACAGUGUAUGACCAUGAAAUUUGAUUUCAAUUUAUACAUUUCGGUCAAUGUAUUUAAUUUAUCCAUAUAAUGUUGUGUUACUUUUUAGUGAUUUAUGUUCUCAGUGAUGUAAUAUUAAUUGUUAGUUGUAAAUAUUAUAGUUUUUAAAGAAUAGAUGUAUAAUAAAGUAUUGCAUAUU